AUGAGUGGGAUUGCACUCAAAUUCACUUCUCUCCUUCUUCGGACGAUUGCCAAGCCAAUUUCCGUGACUCUUAAGGCGCAGGCUAAAGAGCACGAAACAUUUAGAAAGGCCUGUAUUAAGGUGGCACAGACAGUGCAUUCGACCGACAUUAAACUCCGAAUGAGGCUUCUAGGAGAAAACAAAAUCAAGAUCCGGCCAUUGAAUGAUAAAAAGGCCAUUGAAUCCGGGGCCAAUUUUCUCCUGGAGUUUUUCAUAUUUCUGGUGGCCGGGUCUCUCAUCCUCUACGAGAGCAAUCGCAGCAGACUCAAGGCGAACAAAGAGAAAUUGAACACAAAGAACGACAUCUCAGAGCUACAGGACGAUAUCAAAGAAGUCAAGCUGCUAGUCGAACAGCUCUCUUCUGAAUUG